GGGUGCUGUGUGGCGCCCUGGCAAGAUGGCGGCGUCCGAGAAGAUGAUGUUUCCGGAGAAACCAAGCCACAAAAAGUACAGGGCCGCCCUGAAGAAGGCGAAACGAAAGAAACGUCGGCAGGAACUGGCUCGAUUGAGGGACUCAGGACUCUCACAGAAGGAGGAGGAGGAUGCUUUUAUUGAAGAACAACACCUAGAAGAAGAGAAGCUGUUGGAGAUAGAGAGGCAAAAAUUACAUGAGGCGUGGUUACUUCGGGAGCAGAAGGCACAAGAAGAAUUCAGAAGAAAGAGGGAAAAGGAAGAGGCAGCUAGAAAACGGCAGGAAGAACAAGAGAGAAAAUUAAAGGAAGAAUGGGAAGAGCAGCAGAGAAAGGAGAGAGAAGAGGAGGAACAGAAGCUACAGGAGAAGAGAGAAAGAGAGGAAGCUGUGCAGAAGAUGCUGGAGCAGGCUGAAAAUGAGUUGGAAAAUGGUGCCACAUGGCAAAACCCAGAGCCACCCAUGGACUUAAGGAUAAUGGAGAAAGAUCGAGCUAAUUGUCCAUUCUACAGUAAAACAGGAGCGUGCAGAUUUGGAGAUAGGUGUUCACGUAAACACAAUUUCCCAUCCUCGAGCCCCACACUCCUUAUUAAAAGCAUGUUCACAACGUUUGGAAUGGAGCAGUGCAGAAGGGAUGACUAUGACCCGGAUGCCAGCCUAGAGUACAGUGAAGAGGAAACCUACCAGCAGUUCCUGGACUUCUAUGAUGACGUGCUUCCCGAGUUCAAGAACGUGGGGAAAGUGAUCCAGUUCAAGGUCAGCUGCAACUUGGAACCUCAUCUGAGGGGCAAUGUGUAUGUUCAGUAUCAAUCGGAAGAAGAAUGUCAAGCAGCCCUUUCCCUGUUUAAUGGACGAUGGUACGCAGGACGGCAGCUCCAGUGCGAAUUCUGCCCAGUGACCCGAUGGAAAAUGGCAAUUUGUGGUUUGUUUGAAAUACAGCAGUGCCCACGAGGAAAACACUGCAACUUCCUGCAUGUGUUCCGAAAUCCCAACAAUGAGUUUUGGGAGGCUAACAGAGACAUCUACCUGUCUCCCGAUCGGACCGGCCCCUCCUUCGGUAAGGGCUCGGAGAGGAGAGACAGGACGGGCCACCACGAGGAGUACUAUGGGAGGCCCAGGAGGAGACGGAGCCCUAGCCCAUCGCACUCCUACAAGAGGAACGGGGAAGCAGAGAGGAAAAGGAGAAGCAGGCGCCGGGGCCAGAAGUCUCACAAACACAUGGCAAGGAGUCGCGAGAGGCACGUUUCACGAAGUAGAGCAAGGAAAAGGGCCCGCAGCCGGGGCCGGGGCAGCGGGAGCCAGAGCUCCUCUAGGUCCAGGAGCCGUGGCAGGAGGAGGUCAGGCAGCAGAGACAGAAUUCUUCAGAGUCCCAAAUGCAAAUAA